AUGGAUCCCUUGUUCGAGAAGAUAAAGUCCAAUAUCGGCACUGCGAAGAUGAAUGUGGAUAUAGCCCAUACAGUUCAGAGGGAAGCUAUUGACUCGGGUCUGGAAGACGAAGCGUUCAGAAACGUGACUAACCUGAUCAAUAAAUUUAUGACUGAAACAAGCUCCGCAGCCGAAGUGAUUGACCAGCGCUUGCAAAAUCUGCGGAGGUACUCAAAUUCUUUUUUUUUUGUUGCUAAAAAGAGGUAUUCAAAUUCAUACCGCAAUUUUCGUCGAGAACUUGAUGCGACCGACCAGUUGGCUGAUAUUGUCUUGGCGAGUUCACAACUUGCGUUGGAACAAAUGCACAAGGCGGUUGCUAAUGCAGAGGAAUGGAGAAUAAGGCAAGGACCGUAG